AUGGAACAAUACAUGUGCAACGCCUUGUCGCGAGUGUCCAGUAUUGGCACGACGGCCUAUCGGCCUGCACGCACAGUCAGCGGUCAUCAAUAUAACACCACAAAAGUCUGUCCCCCAUACGCAAGCCCGAACACAAUCCGGACAAUAACGGAGAGAGAUACUCCGACGCCAAGUCUCCCCGGGGGUGUGCGAAGGAACACACAUAGAACACAUCGUCACAACACGUCCUCGACUGGCGAUUCAUACUCCUUUUUGAACCGCCGCGGCAUACUAUUUAGUCCGCGCCCUCGUCAAGUCAUAUUUCCCGCAUCGAGAAUUUUGGGUAAUAGAUCCUUUUUGCUGCUAUGGGACGACAUUAAAAUGCGAGGGGGUUGUGGUGGUUACACUCCUUUAAUCGCCACCACCUCCAAGCAAGAAUUACAACCAGUUACACUUAUGCUUGACCCUUAG